AGACGCCAUUUUGUCAGCCAUUUCCUACACUGAGCCAUUGCCAGCGUCUCUGCACAGCACAGGACGCCCCGUCUGGCCUUAGCUUCAUCUACCCGGGCUUGGCAAACAGCAACGGACCCUGCACAUACGGUACCCGGGUGGAUGAGAGACAGUCUAGAGGGUCGGUCAGCACCCACUAGACCUCUGGAAGGCGCUUGGCCCCGCAGCACAGAAGCGGUACAAGUCACAGGCAGACAUGGCUUUGAAGAUUGUCAAAGGGAGCAUCGAUCGGAUGUUCGAUAAAAAUCUCCAGGAUUUAGUACGUGGCAUUAGGAACCACAAGGAAGAUGAGGCCAAGUACAUCUCCACAUGCAUCGAUGAGAUCAAACAGGAGCUCAAGCAGGACAACAUCGCUGUCAAAGCCAAUGCUGUGUGCAAGCUCACCUACCUUCAGAUGCUGGGCUAUGAUGUCAGCUGGGCCGCUUUCAACAUCGUUGAAGUCAUGAGCUCCUCCAAGUUCACAUACAAGAGGAUUGGCUACCUGGCGGCCUCGCAGUGCUUUCACGAGAGCACUGAUGUCAUCAUGCUGACAACCAAUCAGAUCCGAAAGGAUCUCAGCAGUCCCAACCAGUAUGACACAGGUGUUGCCCUCACUGGCCUCUCUUGUUUUGUGACCCCUGACUUGGCACGGGACCUGGCUAACGACAUCAUGACACUGAUGUCCCACACUAAACCCUACAUCAGAAAGAAAGCGGUGUUGAUCAUGUACAAGGUGUUUCUGAAAUACCCAGAGUCCCUGCGACCUGCUUUCCCCAGGCUCAAGGAGAAACUGGAGGACCCAGACCCAGGUGUUCAGUCCGCAGCAGUAAAUGUUAUCUGUGAGCUGGCUCGGAGAAAUCCCAAGAACUACCUGUCUCUGGCCCCACUCUUCUUCAAACUCAUGACCUCCUCUACUAAUAACUGGGUUCUCAUUAAGAUCAUCAAGCUGUUCGGUGCACUCACACCACUGGAGCCACGGUUGGGGAAGAAGCUGAUCGAACCUCUGACAAACUUAAUCCACAGUACCUCUGCCAUGUCUCUGCUGUAUGAAUGUGUCAACACUGUGAUUGCAGUGUUGAUUUCCUUGUCCUCUGGGAUGCCUAACCACAGUGCUAGUAUCCAGCUCUGUGUGCAGAAACUGCGAAUCCUGAUAGAAGACUCGGACCAGAACUGUGAGCCCUCUGUCAAUGCCUGCAUGAAGUACCUGGGCCUGCUAGCCAUGUCAAAGAUCCUGAAGACCCACCCCAAGUCAGUGCAGUCUCAUAAGGACCUCAUCCUCCAGUGUCUGGAUGACAAGGAUGAGUCCAUUCGCCUGAGAGCUCUGGACCUGCUCUAUGGCAUGGUAUCCAAGAAGAACUUGAUGGAGAUUGUAAAGAAGCUGAUGCUGCAUGUGGACAAAGCAGAAGGAACCACCUACAGAGAUGAACUGCUCACUAAGAUCAUCGACAUCUGCAGCCAGAGCAACUACCAGUACAUUACCAACUUUGAAUGGUACAUCAGUAUCCUGGUGGAGCUGACCCGAUUAGAGGGCACACGGCAUGGCCACCUCAUUGCCUCUCAGAUGCUGGAUGUGGCUAUUCGGGUCAAAGCCAUCCGGGUCUUUGCUGUUGCCCAGAUGGCCACUCUGCUGGACAACGCCCACCUGUUGACCGGCAACGUGCAGCGAAAGGGCAUCUGUGAAGUGUUGUAUGCCGCCGCCUGGAUCUGCGGUGAAUUCUCAGAACACUUGGACAACCCGACGCAGACGCUAGAGGCUAUGCUGCGGCCUAAGGUGGCCACCCUACCGGGCCACAUCCAGGCAGUGUAUGUGCAGAACGCAGCCAAGCUGUUUGCCACCGUGCUGAAGAGCCAGGAGGGGAACACGGACAGCACAGCAGCGCAGGAAACCAGCCAGCUGAUGAUAGACAGGCUUCCACUGUUUGUUCAGAGUGCCAACCUGGAGGUCCAGGAGAGGGCGUCUUGUAUCCUGCAGCUGGUCAAGUACAUCCAGAAACUGCAACAGAAGGACGUAGAAAUAGCGGAGGAAGUCAUCGCUCUGUUUGCUGGAGAACUCAACCCUGUUGCCCCCAAGGCACAGAAGAAAGUGCCUGUUCCUGAAGGUCUGGACUUGGAUGCCUGGAUCAACGAGCCUCCAUCUGAGAGCGAGUCUGAGGAUGAGCAGCCCAGGGCUAUUUUUGCCAAGGAGGAGCCCAAACACUCCCGCCCCCGUCACACCGAGGUGGACGAGAAGGAACUGGCGAAGAGGAGAGAAGCCAGAAAGCAGGAGCAAGCCAACAACCCGUUCUACAUCAAGUCCUCCCCAUCCUCUCAGAAGGUGUACCAGGAGGCCCCUGGAGUGGAGCACAUCCCUGUCGUGCAGAUUGACCUCAGUGUGCCUCUUAAAGUCCCAGUCUUCGGUCCCACAGGUCUGCCUAUGUCUGACCAGUACGUGAAACUGGAGGAGGAGCGUCGGCAGAAAGACAGAGCAGAGAAGAAGAAGAAGGAGAAGAAGAAGAGGAAAGAAAAGCGCAGCGGCCGAGGGAAGAGACAUGAUUCAGGCCCAGAGAGUGAGGAGGACAUCACGCCUGCACACAUGGUCGACAUUGUUACCGAGGAGAUGCCAGAGAAUGCCUUACCCAGUGAUGAUGAUGACAAAGAUCCCAAUGACCCUCAUAAAGCCCUGGACAUCGACCUGGACAACUUGAUGGAGAUGGCUGGGCGCAGGCCACUUGCCGACAGCGAGAAGCUGCCAGUCAGGUCCCACCGUGCAGCAGAGGUUCUCAAAAGCCCAGCUCAAGAUGGAGAAGCAGAGAGCGCCGCUUCACAGGAGCCCAAGAAGAAGAGCAGCAAAGAAAAGAGAGAGAAGAAGAAGGAUAAAGACAGGGACAGGAAGAAGAGCAAAGAAGACAAGAAGAAGAAGAAGAAACACAAACAUGAAGAAAAGGGGGAGGACCUUCUCGGAGGUCAGGCAGACGAGCCUGUGGUCCAAUCAGAAGAAACCAGUGAGGUGGCUGCACUGCCCACCUCUACCACUGCUGAGGUUUCGGAUCUGGAUUUCUGGCUCUCAAACGCUCCAGUGCCCUCUAACACCCAGGAAGCAGCAACAGUAGUAGCAGCAGCAGAAGCAACCCCCACGCCUGAGGUGGCCUCUGGCACGGUGCCAGACUCCGAGCCUGAUGAGCCCAAAGACACCGAGACGGAGGAGACUAAGUCCUCCAAACACAAGAAGAAGAAGCCGAAAAAGGAGAAGGAAGAGAAGGAGAAGAAAAAGAAGAAGAAGCAUCAUCACCAUCAUCACCACAGCGACGGAGGUGGAGAGGAGUCGGUGCAGAAUGGCACUGUGGAGGAGGAAGAGCCUCUGCCGCCCAUGUCCAAUUACUGCCUGCUGGCGGAGAACUCCUACAUCAAGAUGAUGAUGGAGGAUGCUGAUCAGGUUAACGACAUCCAGGGGAACCUGCAGGAUGGCAGUCAGGUGGUGGUGUCUGUUAUAUUUGAGAACAAGUGUGACAGCUUCCUCAAAUCUAUGGAGUUCAACGUCCUGGACUCUCUCAACUCCAAACUGCAGAGGCCAGAGGGGUCGGGUCCACAUGACGGCCUCACCGUCCCCUUCCAACUUCCACCUGGGGUGUCCAAUGAGGCGCGAUUUGUCUUCACCAUGCAGAGCAUCAUAAUGCCACAGAAACUGAAGGGAACCCUCACCUUCAUAGUAAAGAAUGAGGACUCCUCCACUCAUGAGAAACUGGACUUCAAACUGCACUUUACCUGCACCUCCUACCUAAUCACUACUCCCUGCUACAGUGAUGCGUUUGCAAAGCUGCUUGAGUCGGGCGACCUGAAGUGCAGCUCUGUCAAACUGGAGGGAGUCGUCAUGCCCUUCCACCACCUACUGGCCAGGAUCUGCUUCCGCCACCAUUUCUCUGUUGUGGAGAGGAUCGACUCCUGUGCCUCAAUGUACAGCAGGUCUAUCCAGGAUCACCAUGUCUGUCUGCUGGUCAAAACUUCUGGUCAGACAGUGUCCAUUGACGCUAAAUGUGACGAGCCGACGCUGCUUGGGAAUGUGCUGGAUGAGAUCAAGCAGACCUUCUCUCAGUGCUGAUUGUGUCCAACAGCCCCAGGGUGCCCCUGCCCCCUUCAUGCCACCCCCCUCCCUCGCUGAAACACAACAUAAUCAUGUUACGGAAACACUGCGGCUGGCACCUCCAGUAUCGCCCUAUUUAUUAGUCCUCAGAUUCUCAAGAUUUCUAUCCCCUAACCUUCUUCUUCAGUGUCCCACACUUUGUUCCGCUGAACUCUGUGAUCACUCCCUGACACUUGGUGUUGUUUUACAGACUCACUGUGUGUACAUGUGCCGUCUUCUCUGCAACGCACUUUCAUCUUUACUUCCUGGUUUUCGAACCCCCAACAGCCACCCUGUUCCUCCCUGACUCUGACUCCAUACUGAGCUCCUGUUUCUGGAUGCCCUGCAUCCUCUGCUCUUUCCCUUGUACCUCUCUCCACCCUCCACUCUGUCGGCAAUUCAGUCUGUGACAGUCAUGUAAUGUAAUGUUGACAACUGAACUUUUGCUGUUGAUGGUUGAAUUGUGAUUUUACUGUUUUGAAGGUUUUGUCUUUGGUUUGUUUUUGUUUGUUGU